AUGGAAUUCCGAUGCAUUCAAUGUGGGUUUCCGAACAAAACCCUGUACAUACAAUACUCUCCGGGGAAUAUCCGGCUAAUGAAAUGCGAUAAUUGCAAAGCUGUUGCGGACGAAUACAUCGAAUGUGAGAUCAUGAUUGUUCUGAUUGAUUUGAUUUUGCACAAGGCAAAGGCAUAUAGACAUUUGUUCUUCAACGUGUUGUCUGGAGAGGCUCUGAACUUUGAGGGCUUCUUUUGGAAAGUUGCUUUCAUGUAUCUUCUUUUGGAUGCUUACAGGAUAUUGCUUUUGAGUGGAAUUGAACAGAGAUUGAGUUCGUCUGUGGGCUUUGAUUCAGUUCUGUGGAGCUGUGAAAAGACAUUGAUGGAUGUUUUCUGUGGAAACUUCAUUUUUCUUGGCACGUUGCUCCUUGGGACAAGAAAGUUGCUGAACACAUCGGCUGGGAUUUUUGGGUAA